AUGUCCUUGGCUGUUUUGAAUUUGAUGAUUGUGUUGCAGUUCCGCAGCUCAGUUUUAGGGUGGGCUCUAGGUGAGCACGGAGAAUGGGCCAAAUACAGCAAUUUUGAUGUUGCUACCCGUGUUCCGCUCAUGUUCUACGUUCCUGGAAGGACAGCUUCACUUCCGGAGACAGGCGAGAAGCUUUUCCCUUAUGUCGACCCUUUUCAUUCCGCCUCAGAGCUGAUGGAGCCAGGUAUCAAAUAUGCUGAAAUGAUUGUGCUUGACAGCAAGAGUGCCUUUACUUUAUAUGUGAACCACUUUAUUGACUCACAGGCUGAGGGGUUACACAGACCCCCCUUCCUGCCUUGUGUUGGAAUUUCUUCUCAACAUUUUGUGGUCAGCACAUGCUUCCUGAGCAUCUCUCAUGCUCUGGGUGAGGAAAGAGUGACAGAACUAGAACUGACAAGUAUGGCCCCUGUCCACAAGGAGCCUUGUGGGGUGAUGAUGGACAAAGGAUCAGCUUUCGCCAAGUAUCAUUUGCAAAUGUUCCAGUUGGGUGUGAGGCCACCCUAUCUCAUCAUCUUGUCUUUAUCACCCACCUUCCUCUUUCAAAGGCAGUAUGAUCAGAAACAGCGGGUGAGGGGUCGGCCCUACCAAGUACCACCUGGCCCUGGAUGCUGUUGCAGCUCAGAGCAUCCAAGAGCCCACCACGGCAAGCCUGUGCUGUAUCUUCUUUCUCUGGGUUGUCAGUGGCAGAUCAUUCUGCUCACGCCCACCAAUUUCGCCCUCACGGCCACGGGGGCAGAAGCAGGUUCCGCCCCCGCUGUCAAUCCAGGGAAGCUCCAGGCUUGCGGGCCGGAUGUGACCUCCACUGGCUUCCGCCUCUGGAAUCUGAGAGAAGUGAGGGCGUCUCUCUGUGAGGGGCGUCUUGAGGGCAGCAGAGGGCAGCGGGCCCAGGAGGCAAGGGAGACCCAGGUCCACAGAGAGGGUCUUGGGUUCAGCCCUGCCAGGAUCAAGGGGAGGAAGAAGAAGGAGGAUUCAGGAGACCUUGGACUCCAGGUGAGGACUGUGUUCUCAGAGGACGCCUUCGAGCCAACAAAAGGAGCCCCAUCAAGUCCACAAAUAAAGUGGUCCCUGGAUCUGCCAAGAGUCAGUGUCUUCAGAGAACAGGACAAGCAGUAGGACAGGAGCCCCAGAAGGCCGGAGAGGAUCACUGGAGGAGAAGACCUGUAAGUAGGCCUGUGGUUCCCCAUCACCCAGAUCCUUCCCACAGUGCUGCCUGCUGACCUGACCAGAGUCACCAUGCCUCUUGGGCAAAGGAGUCACCACUGUAAGCCUGAGGAAGGUCUUCAGGCCCAAGAAGAAGCCCCCGGCCUGGUGGGUGCGCAGGCUCUCUCAGUUGAGCAGCAGGAGACAGCCUCCUUGUCCUGUACUGUUAAUGCAGGUACUCUAGAGGAGGUGCCUGCGGCUGAGUCACCGAGUCCUUCCCAGAGUCCUCAGGGAGCUUCCUCCUCCCCCACUGCCAUGGACUCCAUCUCUUGGGUCCUAUCUGAUGAGGGUUGCUGCAGCCAAGAAGAGGAGGGGCCAAGUACCUCGCCUGACCUGGCAGACCCUGAGUCCUUCCUCCAAGAUACACUACAUGAGAAGAUAAUUGAUUUGGUUCAUUUACUGCUCCACAAAUAUCGAGUCAAGAAGCUGAUCACGAAAGCAGAAAUGCUGGAGAGUGUCAUCAAAAAUUACGAGGAAUACUUUCCUGAGAUAUUUAGGGAAGCCUCUGAAUGCACGAAGCUGCUCUUUGGCAUUGACGUGAAGGAAGUGGACCCCAUUAGCCACUCCUACGUCCUUAUCACCUCUCUCGGCCUCUCCUAUGAUGGUAUACUGGGUGAUAAGCACAGCAUGCCCAAGUCUGGCCUCCUGAUAAUAGUCCUGGGCAUAAUCUUCAUGGAGGGUAACUGUGCCUCUGAAAAAGUUAUGUGGGAAGUGCUGAGCAUUAUGGGGGUGUAUGCUGGGAGGGAGCACUUCCUAUUUGGGGAGCCCAAGAAGCUCCUCACCCAAGAUUGGGUGGAGGAAAAGUACCUGGUGUACCGGCAGGUGCCCGGCAGCAAUCCCACAUGCUAUGAGUUCCUGUGGGGUCCAAGGGCCCACGUUGAGACCAGCAAGAUGAAAGUUCUUGAGUAUAUAGCCAAUGCCAAUGGGAGGGAUCCAACUUCUUACCCAUCCCUUUAUGAAGAGGCUUUGAGAGUGGAGGGAGAGGGAGUCUGAGCAAGAGAUGCAACCAGGGCCAGUGGGCAGGGAACUGAGCCAAUGCAUGCUUCAGGGCCACAUCCAGCAGCUUCCCUGCCCUGUGUGAAAUCAGGCCCAUUCUUCCCUCUGUGUUUGAUGAAAGAAGUCAAUGUUCUCAGUAGUGGAGGGCACAGUGGAUGUAGGGGAAUACAUUGUAUACUGUCUUUAGGUUUCUCUUCCAUUGGGUGACUUGCAGAUUUCUGUUUCCUUUUGUUAAUUUUCAAAUAUUGUUCCUGUAACAAAAUACUUAAUUAGUUUCAACCUCUAAGUGUAUGGAUGACACUGAUCACACAUGUAGGUUUACUUAUCCAUUUCAAGUGUAAGAGUUUGCCAUUUUGUAAAAUAUUUUGGGAAAUUAUCCAUCUUGCUGUGAUUUGGAAUUAGAUACCACCACAUUGGAACAGGCAUUUUCUUGGAGAAUGUAAGAACUUAGCAAUAAAAAUGAACUGGUGUUAUGGAACAGAGAAAUAAA